GAAUCCAUGAUGUGUCUAUCUUUUUUUCAAAUCUCCAAUUUGAUAGUAUCAACCAGAUUCCAUCUUCAUUGUCAUUGUUCUGCUUCAUGCAAUCCAUUGUCACUUUCUCACGUAACCUUUUUGUUCUUUUCUUAGCCUUUGCCAUGACUUUUUACCAUUGUGUUUUUCAAAAUUUGAACAUAACUUUUUCUUGUUGUCUAUGUAGCCGUUAGAAUCACACACUUCCCAUUUUAGCCUCGUGUACUGUGCCCUUUAUUAUCUUAAACUUCAUUGGAAUUUUUCUUAAAAAAUGGAAAGUUUUUAGAUAUUUAAGACCUUUUCUUUUCUUUUCACAGCUGGCACUUGUAUAUCAGGUGUAGUACAUGAUGCUGACAUUUGGAUUCAAAACUAGAGACAAAUUUAAUUGCAGUAGGACUUUAUAGGACCUUACCCUUAUGCCUAACUAUACUAUUCAAUUUUCAUUUUCAAUUUUCAAAUUAUUACUACUUUGUUAUUAAACAUUUUAUCUUGUUUGUACUACCAGAAUUAUUAAUUGGUUUUGUCUUUGUUCCCUAUUUUUUGUGUCAUUGUUUGGUGACUUGUCACUUUCUUAAGCUCAAAAUUGACAUCAACCCUUUUGAGAUCUGAUCUAUAUUAACCUCCUUUGGUGUUCUCAUUGGUACUUUUAUUCAAAAGUUGUGAUUUUUUUUUCAUGGUUUUAAAGCUAUGGAAUUGAGUCAAUCAGAUUUGGAAGGGAGGGUGAAAAUGUUGGCAAUAGGAACAUGUGAAGAUGAAGAAGAAGGUGACACUUUUGCUGAAAGAGCUGAAACUUACUACCAGAAGAGACCUCAAUUGCUGUCACUUCUUCAUGAUUUGUACAACGGCUAUAUAACGUUAUCCGAUCGUUAUAUACAAACACUUGCAAAACAUAAGCAUCAUAGCAGACAUUCUUCUCAAGUUUCAACUUUGGAAGAAGGUUUUUAUGACCAAGAAGAAGAAGAAGUUAUUAGUGGUGUGACUCGAGUUGACUCGGAUAUGGAAAGUUCAAUCUCCUAUCAACAAACAUUACCUUUGACGAGUGUUCCUAAGAGGGGAACAGCUAUGUUUGAUGUUGAUGCGGUUGUAGCCGAGCUUGUGAUGAAGAAUGUUGAGUGUGAUUUUCUGUUGCACGAGGUUAAUGCGAUGGAGAGGAGGUAUUGCGAGUCGUCGAGGAAAAGUGAGUUGCAAAAGAGUUUGCUUGAGGUGUUGGAAUCUGAGAGAGUUGUUUUGCUGAAUGAGAAUGCUGGUUUGAGCUACAGGGUUAAUACUUUGGUUGAAGAGAACAAAGAGCUUGCUUCCGAGUCGGUUUUUAUCAAACGGAAAGCCGGGGAAUUAGCCAAGUGUGUGUUGAAGAUGCGAGAGGAUCAUAGAGUUUAUUUAUUGCAUAGGAAAAUUGAAGAUCUUCAAGGACAGGUUCAUGGUUUGGAGAAGAGGAACAAGGAGUAUUAUGAGAGGCUUUUGAGAAGAGAGGGUCAAGAAAAUGGAAACAAAGGGAAGAAUGGUGGUGAAGGAAUAGCUUUGGAAUUUCAUGUUCAAAUGGAGAAACCUAGAAGGUUUAAGUGGAAAGAAGAAGGAAAGUCUUCUAGGAAGAAUUUUGAUGGAAAGAAAGGGCUUAGUUUGUGGAAAAAGCUUAAGAACAUGGACUUGUUGUUGUGUGGGACAAGUCCAGCUUGUUCUUGAUCUUGGUUGGACGGUCUAGAUGUAACCGACCGAGUUGUUAGGGUUGCGAAUGCACACGACUCGAAUCUCAAGGUUUUUUGGUUGGCGAACGGACUCUAAGGUGGUGGUUCUUAUUGUCCAACAAAGAUUUAUAUGUAUACUUUUUGGCUUUUGAAUGUUAGUGUUAGUAAUUAGUAAUAGGUUACCAUAGCAUGUGUUUGAUUUUGCGUUAGAGGCUCCAAACUUGGGUUUGCUUCCGCGCGAAUGCAUGCACUAAGUUAGCUAUGGUGUAUAUUUCAAUAUGAACUUUAGUCAAGUCUUGAGGUGAACUAAUUAUAGAUUAGUUAGCAUCUUCUAGAGAGGCAAUACUUUUGCCUCUAAUUCUUGUUUUGUUCUUGUUAAAAGACUUGCUUAACAAAAAGUAUGUGAUGCAUCAUUCAACAAUGGUGUGUGUAACCAGUGAUUAAUAGCUUUAAUGUUGAAUAUGUUGUUUUGCAUUACUA